AUGGCGGAGGGAGGAUUGGGCGACGCGGGCGCGGCGAGCUGCUCGAAGAACGCGAGAGUCGCGGCGGGGAUGUUCAAGCACUUGCAGGAGACGGUUUUGCCGCCGCUGAAGGCGUCGUUGGAUGGUGAAUGCGUGGCGAAUGAACUCACGGCGUCGAUGGCGGAGGUGAUGACGUUGAUUUCGCUCGGUGACGCGCAGGGCGCGGCGUGUCGGCGAGCGCUCGAACGCGGAAGCGCGGCGAAUUUGCGCGCGCGGCUGCAUCGCGGCGCGAGCGAGUUGUACCGCGAUGCCAACGCGGUGUUGCAGUCGCGUCGAUGCGAUUGGAACGGCGUGGACAUAUUUUUGACGGCCGGCGUGCUGGUAGCUUGGAAGACGCACGAAGCGGAGGCAUUUCUCGCGCACGCCGAGGCGCGGCGCGCUGCGGACGAGUGCGGCGAAGUCAUCGCAGCGUGUAGGCGCGCGGAGGAAGCCGUGCGCGAUUGCGCGCAGGCCUCCGGAGAAAUCGUCUCGUGGGCGACGUAUCACGGCGAGCUCGCCUCGCGUGUGGCCGCACUCGCAGCGAAAGCUGUCAAAGAGAACGAGGUGGUCUUCUUUCAAAAGAUCCCGUCACCUGGCGCGCCGUUGCCCGAAGCCGCCGUCGUCGUCGGGCCGAUAGAAUACGUUCCGAGCGAACCCUCGAAGCACACAUUCUUUCAAGGCUAA